AUGCAACAACAGAUGACAGUAGCACCUCCUCCAGCACUUGCUCCUGUUGCGCCACCUCUGUCAACAUCUGCCCAGUUCUUGCUGUGCCAGGGUUCAUGUCGUACAAACACCAGCCCUGACAUGAAGCCAGUUAGUCCUGUGUCGUCGCAGCCGUCACCAAAGGAGGUCGCUGAGGAGAUCAGCAAGCAGUUUAAGAACUGUUUACCUCACACCCAUGGUGAGUCGGACCUUCACCGGGCAGCAUUUGAGGGUGAUGCAGAGAAGAUCCGCCUGCUUUUGGAUCAGAUUGAUUCAGACCCGUACAAAUUUGAAACAAUCAACCAACGAAACCGCUUGGGGUGUACCCCAAUUAGGCUUGCUGCUACAGGAGGCCACCUGCAAUGCCUUACCUACUUAAUUGACGCCGGCGCCAGCAUUGACACCAGCGACGUCAAAUGCCAGACUCCGUUGUUUGUGGCUGUCAAGAACCGGCGGCUGGAAUGUGCCAGGAAGUUGUUGCAAGCUGGUGCCAGCCCUGAUGGUGAUUCAGGCAACUCUUCAACCCCGCUGUAUGUUGCAUUCAUGAACAGGGAUGUUCAUUAUGUUCUGCUUCUGUUGGAGCAUGGGGCGCAUCCAGAUAAACUUCAUCACAAGAUCAGAAAGAACAGCCAGAACACAUACAAUCCCCGUCUGACUUCCUUGGAUGCUGCCACUGAGUAUAUGUUUGCCGGAGAUGAUGUCUACCGAGCCGUCAAGGCCUUGUUGAUACGAGGCUGUCAGACAGACAAUUUCUGCUACAGUAGCCGCAUCGACCACGGGGCAGAGCGGCUGAUCAACCUGUUCUACAGCUUCGGGGUGCAGAUCAACGUUGACUGGCUACUGGCCAGACAGCACAACGAGAGGGACUUCACCAAACAGAAUCUCAUGUUGUUACGAGGUGAGAGAACACAUGUGGUUGUUAAACUACAUCAUUUGUGUUGCACAUCAUUUGUGUUGCAGUGUUAA